AAGUUCGCUUUUCAUUUAGUGCAAUAUGUGAUUUUCGUUUACGCACAUUGAAUGCAAUGAAAUUUGACUUUAAUCAUUUUUGUUUUUGUUAUGAUAUUUUUUUUAUAUUGUGUAUCCAUAGUUGAUCUCAAUUUGUGAGGGAAAUGUGUAAAAGUGCAGUAUUUAUUUGAAAGGUGUUGGCGGCAUUGAAGCUGAAAAUGUUGGAUGGAAAGAUAAAUAGUUGUGAGCAUUGAUUGAAUAGAGGGCGAGUUGCAAAAUAAAUACUAAAAGAUGAUCAAAUUUUGAUCAAUUUUCAACUUUUCAUGAUUUAAUUUUCAGAUAUUAAAAUCUGACCACCAUCAUGAUUUAUUUGGAAAUUUUCUCCUGAAUAUAUUUGGUGGUUGCACGAAUGAUGCAGUUUGUAGAAGAAUAAUAAUGUUCGGAUUCAGUGUAAAAACAUUGCAAAAUGGGUUUGGAUCACCGAGGUCUCCGAGCGCAGUUGGCCGAGGGGAAUCUCCUAGGGUGUCGUCAUCUCCGAAAACCGACGUUGGAGAAAUCGACACGCGCGCACCCUUCGAAUCGGUCAAGGCUGCCGUAAGUUUAUUCGGCGAAAGUAUCUCGCCCAGAGCAAGGCCCGUCACCAAGAAGACUAAGGCUGAAGAGCAAAAACUACUUGAGAAAGAGACCCAACAUCACAUGGUGAGUAAGGAGCUGGAAUACUACAAAGAGCAGCUGAAAAGUGCAGAAAAUGCCAAGGCACAAGCUCAACAAGAUCUUCACAGGGCCAACGAUGCUCUGCAGGACCUAACCGGAAACCUCGAAAAUCUCAGCGAAUCGAAGCAAGAAGCUAUCAAAACUACAGAGGCUAUGAAACGGAGAGCCGCGGAGCUGGAGGUGCAGCAAACCGAAGCUCAAAUGGGCAGCGACACCUGGAAGCUCGACCUCGUCCUUGAGAGGGAACGCUACAAGGCUGCGUCGGGAGAGCUCAUCGUUUCCAAGCAAGAGCUCGCCAACUUGAGACAAGACUUCGAUGGAGCCCUUGAGGCCAAACUGGCCGCGUUUCAGAAGAUUGAGGAUGCGCGGCAAGCCACCAAAGCCAGCGGGGAGAGGCAGAACAUGCUCUCUAAAGAAGUCUCUAUGCUCCGACGUGCUCUCGAUCAAGUCAAGUUCGACUCCCUCCAAGCGCAGGAGGAGCACCUCAAGCUCAUCGCGGAGAAGGAGGUGCACUUGUUGGUGCAUAAAUCGGCCAAGGAAGUGGCCGAGAUGGAAAUCAAGGCCCUCAGAGAGGUGUACGGCCCUGAGGAGAAUCUGUCGCAUAAGCUCGAGGAAGCCACCGAGGCGAUCAAGGUUCUACAGGAGCAGCUUAACGAUGUGCGUGCUUCCGACCUCAACUCGUUGCAGACUGCUGUAACGGAGCUUGACUGCGCUAGAAAGGAGCUGCAGCAGCUCGUUGCUGAGGAAGUUUCAAUGCACACUUCUGUGGAGUCGUUCGAGCAUGAGUUGGACCAUGUGAAGAGGGAGCGCACAGAGUGUGAGAAGAAGGUGUCGGAAGCAGAGUUGGAAAUCGAGCAGAUGAGGGCCGAGCUAGCAGAGAGGACGGCCGAGCUUGAGAUGGCCCUGUCUAGGAAUAUUCACAAGGAAAUGAAUUCGGCUCUGGACAAUUUGCUAGCAGAAGCUGAAAGGGCUCAGGUGGAAGCAGAGAAGACGCAGAAGGACAUUGAACUACAUAGGCUAAAAGCCGAAGCAGCAAACAUUGCAGCUAAAGAAAUUGACGAGAAGCUGCAGCUUGCGUUGCAGGAGGCUGAAGAGGCUAAAGCUGCACAAAAGCUUGCAGACAAACAGAUACGAGAUUCUCCCAAAGCAGAUGGGGCAGACAACUUGAAGGGCCUGGGACCUGGAUCUACAAGGAAGAUCAGACUGUCAGUUGAGGAGUUUAAGACGAUGAACCACAAGAUCGAGGAAAGCAGAACUAAUGCCGAUUCCAAAGUGCAGUCUCUCACGGCUGACUUGCAAAAGAUAAAGGCGAGCCAGAAUGAAACGUCGCAGAAGACAGAGGAGAUCUUGAAACAGAGUGAGGACUUACAGUUGGAGAUUGAGGACGCGCUGAAGAGGGCAGAGGUGGCGGAGGCCGAGAGAAAAGUAGUUGAAGGCGAACUCCAGAAAUGUCGUAUAGUAGUCGGAGAGCCAUCUGGAAUAUUGUAA